GGUCUUGAAGAAUACUGACAGAAUGCACAUGAUGACAGUCAAGCAGUGUGGUGUAUGGGCUGUAUUGCUCUGGCCCUAUCUGCUUUCUGUAAGCAUCCCACUAGACUGUAAAGAAGAGCAGGGCAGCCUCUCCCGCUGCCCCUCCAUCUCCCAAGAAAAACUUCUUGACCGAGUCAUCCAGCACGCUGAACUCAUCUAUCGUGUCUCUGAGGAAUCAUGUUCUUUGUUUGAGGAGAUGUUCGUCCCUUUUCCAUUGCGGCUCCAGAGGAACCAGGCUGGUUAUACAUGUAUAACCAAAGCCUUACCCAUCCCCAGCUCCAAAAGUGAAAUCCAACAAAUAUCUGACAAAUGGUUGCUUCACUCUGUGCUGAUGCUGGUCCAGUCAUGGAUCGAGCCUUUGGCCUAUCUGCAGACCACUCUAGAUCGGUACGAUGAUGCUCCAGAAAUGCUGCUCAACAAGACAAAGUGGGUGUCUGAGAAACUGAUCAGUCUGGAGCAAGGGGUGGUGGUCCUUAUCAAAAAGAUGUUGGAUGAGGGGAUGCUAACAACAACCUACAGUGAACAAGGCCUCUUCCAGUAUGAGGUGCAGCCAGAGAUGUUGGAAUCUGUUAUGAGAGACUACACCCUACUCAGCUGCUUCAAGAAAGACGCUCAUAAGAUGGAGACUUUCCUCAAGCUUCUAAAGUGUCGGCAAACAGACAAAUACAACUGCGCAUAAAACAUAAAUUGCAGCUUUUAAAUAAUACAGUGUUUAGCUUUAAAUGAAUUCCUGAGGUUGGUAGCUGUGCACUUAUAGAUAUGACCAUGCCUUAGGCUAUUCAGCCUUGCUUGCAAUGCAGUACAUUCUUUAUUGAUUGUUUUGGAACACCUUCACACAAAACUAAGUAGGUGUAAUGCUGUGCCCUUUCUUCAACACGCUGCAUUUUAUAUUUCCCAGCUCAGUUGUUAUUUUAACCUGGCAAAGGCAACAGAGGGCAAACUCCCAAAAGAUUAUUUGCAUGUCGAGCUGUCAAAAAAAUCUGCAUAUCCUGCCAUUGAUUUCCAUUUCCUUUGUUCUUAACUGGAGUUUGUAUUCUUCGCUGAGUCUUGCAGUGUUUUGAUUAUUCCCAUGGCCCCCUGAGUAUUCAGUGAGACUCCCUUUUUAAAUGGAGUUGGUUUCACUUCUGCAUUAGUGAAAUGAAACACUUUCACCGGAGAUGGGAGUCAAACAGGGAGCAAUCACUACUUAGAAAAAGAGACACAUUUUGAUUGGUGAGAGGGAGUGUGAGAAAGACAGGGAGAGAACAAAUAACAGCUAAAAUGAGAGGCAAGGCUUAUCUGGAGUUUUUGACCAAGGUUGAGAUUUGUUGAGUGUUCAAAGAAUCAUGAAUAUUUCUAUGCCUAAAUGUGCCUAAUUCGACCUGAAUGUAAUAAAAGAGGUGUAUUAAGAAUAUACCUUAUUCACUUUAAAUAAAUAAUAAUGAAAGAACAUAAAAUUAAAAUUUUAAUUGUAAGAUGUUGUGAAUAUAUAAUGCAGAAUGCAAAGCACACCUUUUUCUAUAUUCCCAUGUAUAAAUAGAAGAAGCCCACUGUAAUGUAAAAACCUUUCUAGUCAACUGCUGGUGAUUUAAGAAGCUAAUAAAGCAAGCUGUGGAAAGAAAAAAAAAAAA